AUGCCAUUCAUGAAGAGCGGUACAGAACUGGAGGAACAGAGCAUUGUUCAAGAUACAACUCAUGUUCGAGAGGAAGAUCGUGCGAUGCUUAACCACACGAGAUGUUAG